UGAGCGGAAAUUUGAGUGUUGACAAUAGCUGGACUCUUUCAGAUAUUUUACAAUGCUUAAAACAAACAAUUUUUACAGGGUGUAUCAACGUGGACAAUACUCAAUUUACAAGAAAACAAAACAAUGAUAAAUAUUAGUCAUUAAUAGACAGUCAUUGAGACAGAACAAUAUAAAAGAUGUAGUGGAUUCACGGAUUCGGAUUUAAAAAAAAUAUUAAAUGAAGAGCACAAAACGAAGAGGGUUUUGUUUUUCUUGACGAGUUGUUUUGUCUGGUUUCAUUCAAUAUGAAAAAGUAAAUAGAUGACGUUCACGGUGCUCUCACGCGCACUGUUGGUGACGUAGCAACGGCACCACCAGACACUACCAAUCAGCUUGUCCCUCAAUCCGGAAAUGAACUGCGAUUGGACAGUUGUGUACGACGCACCAAGGCGGUCUCGGCGGAUGACGACGACGACGACGACGACGGUACGUUGAGCCCAUGCGAUUAUCUACCUCAGUAUUUGUCCUCAGUCGGUUAGCGGGUCGUGCAGGCGGUGCCCGUCCGUCUCCACUCCUCUCUGGUCGCUCUCUCCGGUCCACAGUCCCCGCCGGUUCUCCUCUCCUAUUCCCCCGGAAACUCGCGAUGCAGGAGGGCGGUGGCGACGCGGCGGUCCCGGAGGACGAAAGAAAGCCGACCAGCUACGAAUUGCUCAUUCUCGCUCACGAGAGGACCUCCAGGACCCCCAGUCCACUUCUGGGGGCCAACGGCGACGACGACUCCGAGGCGGAGUCCUUCAAGGGCGGCAGAACCGAGGAAGUGGACCUGGACACGAAGCGGAAGGCGUUCGCCUGGUGCCGAGAUUUCCUGUCCGGAGCGUGGAAGACCAUUCAAAUCAUGGACUUUCAAAUUAGCAUCAUCAGUGGCGGUUUGAGUAAUCUGCUGUACCUGUGCAGCCUGCCUGACCACGUGCAAAGUGUUGGCGAAGAGCCUCGCCAGGUGCUCCUCAGAAUUUACGGUGCCAUCCUCCAGGGCGUGGACUCUGUGGUGUUGGAGAGCGUCAUGUUCGCCAUCCUGGCCGAGCGGACCUUGGGACCCAAACUGUACGGCAUCUUCCCGGAAGGGCGCUUGGAGCAGUAUCUUCCGAACACCCGCAUGCGCACGGAGCAGCUGUCAGAGGCCGACAUCUCCGCCGAGAUUGCCACCAAGUUGGCGCGUUUUCAUAAAAUGGUGAUGCCUUUCAACAAAGAGCCCACCUGGCUCUUCGGGACCAUUAACAAAUACAUGGAUCAAGUGUUGACGCUGACUUUUACACGCGACACCCACGUGAAGAAGUACAAGAAGCUGAUGAGGCUCAACCUGCCGACAGAGCUCAAGAACCUCCGCGAGUUACUGGCAGCGACGCCAUCGCCUGUGGUCUUUUGCCACAACGACGUCCAAGAAGGUAAUAUUCUGAUGCUGCACAAAGGGGACCAAACCUCGACAGACAGACUGAUGCUGAUCGAUUUUGAGUACAGCAGCUACAACUACAGGGGUUUUGAUUUCGGGAACCAUUUCUGCGAAUGGAUGUACGACUACACCUACAACCAGUGGCCUUUCUACAAAGCCACGCCAGAGGAUUACCCCAGCAGAGAGCAGCAGCUUCGUUUCAUCAGAAGUUAUCUGUCGGAGCACAGAGGUUGCGGCGAUCAAAGUGCGAGCCAGAAACAAAUCGAGGAGGACAUUAUCAUCGAAGCCAACAGGUAUGCGUUGGCGUCGCACUUCCUGUGGGGCCUGUGGUCCAUCAUCCAAGCCAAGCUGUCCAAAAUUGAGUUUGGCUACAUGGACUACGCCCAGGUCCGCUUUGAUGCCUACUUCAAGCAAAAGAAGCUCUUCUCCUGAACAACGAUCCCAAUUUUCUUUUGGACUUUGUUUUCAUAUACAUUUAAAAAGCUUCCGGUCUGUCCUGCGGGUGCUGAGAAGAGGUACUAACAAUCAAACAAUGUGAUGUGUUCAAGUGAGUUGUGUAAAUCCAGUUGGAUUUCAAGGUCCCCUUCCCGUUGUCUCCCCCUCCCGAUGCACUAGUCUCUCGUGGACCACUCUUUAACACGAGUCUUUGUCUGUAGUCUACCUCUGUCUACCUCUUUUGGUUUGAUUUAGCGGUGUUCCGUCCACGUUUAUAUGAAGAUGUACACUUUGACCGGGACUCUGAACGGUUCUCAAAAGGAACUGUGUACCAUUUAUUUAGCCUGCAGACUGUUCUGUACAAAGGAAUAUUGAAGAUGUACUGGGGAAAAAAAAGUGACUAUUAUGAGAAUAGAGUUGUAGUUUUGCGAGUGGAAAAAGUCCUAAAUUAAUAAGAAAACACAUUUUCGUAGAGUAGUCCUAAAAUUAAAAAAGAAACGAAAAAAAAUUACAUUUGCAUUUUAAAAAAAAAAAAAAGAGGCGGAGGAAUGGAAUUAUUUGACUUUUUGUAAAUUGGCUAGAAAAAAAUCACAAUACUACAAAUGUAUAACAUUUCUAAUUCUUUUAGGACGGUUAUUUUCAUGUUUAGGUUUGUGUUCUUCCCCUUUUUUCUAGUCACGCUAUAAACCAGUAACUGAAAUUAUAACUUUAUUGUAGUAGUUUGACGAUUCUCUAAUAUUUCAACUGACUUGAUUGUUGUUAUUCAAUAUAUACUGAAAUAAGCAUUGCUAAGAUUAGUUUUGCAACAAAGAUGUGAUUCCACAACUAGUAGUAAAUUUCCAAUAAAAGUUAUUACAGAAAAAUCUUUGGAUUGAAUGAACACGACUAGAAAAAUAUAACAUUUUGAGAUAUUAGUAAAAUUGCAGUUUUACAAAAUAGUCACAAAAAUUCCAAAUGGAAAUGUUUAUUUCAUGAGGAAAAAAGUCACAAUUUUCCUAGUACAGAAAAUUAUUUCUGUAUGACAAAGUAAUUGUUCUUGUAUCUCUUGAAAGGCACUGUUCUUUACGUUUACUAUUAAAAGUACUACGACUGAUUGUAA